GCGGCGCCUGCGCACUGCACGGCCGGCGGGGCGCUGGGGGCGGGGCGGGGCAGGUGUCGCCUCUGGCCUCCCGGUCCCGGAGCGGCGCCCGGACAUCGCGCGCAGGCCGUCGGCACCAUGAAGAUCUGGACCUCGGAACACGUCUUCGACCAUCCAUGGGAAACCGUUACGACGGCUGCAAUGCAGAAAUACCCAAAUCCAAUGAACCCAAGCGUGGUGGGCGUGGACGUGCUGGACAGACACGUGGACCCCGCGGGGAAGCUGCACAGCCACAGACUGCUCAGCACCGAGUGGGGCCUGCCUUCCAUUGUGAAAUCUCUCAUUGGAGCAGCGAGAACCAAAACGUACGUGCAGGAGCACUCGGUGGUCGAUCCUGCGGAAAGAGUGAUGGAACUCAACUCCACCAACAUUUCAUUUACAAAUAUGGUUUCAGUUGAUGAGAGACUUCUAUACAAACCGCACCCUCAGGACCCGGGCAGAACUGUUCUUACUCAAGAAGCCAUCAUCACGGUGAAGGGCGUCAGCCUUAGCAGUUACCUGGAAGGACUGAUGGCCACUACCAUAUCUUCCAAUGCCAGUAAGGGCCGAGAAGCCAUGGAGUGGGUAAUCCGUAAGUUAAAUGCUGAGCUCGAAGAACUGGCAGCGUCGGCGAGAGGGAGCUUACGGGCCCCGAUGGCAGCGGCCGCCUUUGCAGAGAAAUGACACCGAGGCCGCGUGCUCCUGCAGGCCCCAGCUCUCCAGGCCGAUGUAUUUAUUUGUUAUUUAAAAAGUACAACUAUAUUUUAGGUAGAAUUUUUUAAUGAGCUGGAGUCCGACUAUGUGACUUUUGAUCAAAUUAACAGAUGCAGGGCUUCUAAGCCAGGGGAUCACA